AUGAAGCUUCAGGUUAAUAAUGCAGUGAAAACUAAAAUUAAUGUGGAGACAAGUGGAGCAAGAAUAAUCUUUGAUCGAUUUCAUAACUCAGAACCAGACUCCUACUUUUCACCAUACAAGGUGCAGAAUAGUUUUAAUGACAGUGGAUGCCUGUCUCAGUCUUACAACUCAUUAUCAGACGGCACAUUGCAAGAACAUGCGCCUCUGCCAUAUACAGUUUGGCCAACUCAGGAAGAUGAUUGUAAAUCAAUGGAUUGGUCUCAAGGAAUACCUAAUAUCAGACGUCAGGUAGAUAGCAAUAACGGCGGAAGUGAAGCUGAUCUUUAUGGGUUAGUGUCAAACAUCUUGGAAGAACCAGAUUCAAUAGAUCACUACUCCUCACGCUUCUCAGAGAACAGGACAUCAUCUAGUAUGAAAGGUGUGUGGUCUCCAAAUUUAAUAAGAGAGGACAGCUUGCAGUACUUCACUAAUGAGGUGCAGAUGCCACCCAUCCCUGGCUUUCCAUCAAACCAGAUUUGCCCUAAACCAAUCACCAAUGUUGGCGCUCAGCUUGCAGGCAGAGAAUCUCAUCAGUGGGCCGAACUUCAGAAUUUUAAUGGUUUUGAUGCUUCUGCACCACCCUGUCAUUUCUCAUCCCAUAACGGAGAGGCUGACACCUAUUCUUCCCAUCUUCAAAACAUCAUUCGUCCCCCAGGCCUGAGCACCCCCCCAGCAUUAAGCUCUUACCUUUCACAGAAUCAGGCACGUAAACCUGAUUAUUUUACACCUGAGAAGGAUGAGGAAUACUUUAGCACAGUCAACAACUUCUGCUGCCCUCCAAACAAAAUGGAUGACUCCUAUUUCGAUUCAUCCCAUGACUUUUCACCUAUGAACAAAGACAAACUGAGAACAACUCAAUCUUUUUCUAUGCAGGAUGUCAGUAAACUAGCCUUUCUUUUGGCAGAGCAGGAUAGUGGCUUCUGCAGAGAAUCUGCUCAGAACAAUCUUCUGGUCCAGAGGAAUCAGGAGGAAAACAUGAUGGAACAGAAAAGUCAUCCCUUUCAAAGAAUGUCAGAGUUCAUAACUCAAAUGCCAGAUUUCAAGACAGAGAUGACAUGCAGCCAUGUGGAGCAAAGAGGAGUGGAAGUAGGGGUCAAAAAGACUCUUUUACAGAGUGGUUACCCUACAAAUGAUUUUUUGGGUUUCGGAAAACAGCCACUUAAACCCUUUUCGACCAGCUUCAUCCCUCCAACCCUGCACCCAAGCAAAGAAGGCAGCCAAAUUGGAAGAAAUGCAGCACAAUCCAGUGUAAAUCAGUUCCAGCAUACCAAGCCAAACCACUAUCAGAGCCAAACUAAGGUCGCGACUAAAACCAACGGCAACAUUGAAUCUCAGGGGUUAGCAAAGCUUAUGACUUUGCCUGGGGUUGUUCCCUUACUUCCUUCUCAGCAGAUGUUACGAGCUGCAGCAAGAGUCCCAACUGAUUUCAGUCAAGGGAAUGGAGUUAAUCUACAGGGUAGGAUAGGCCAGGUUAGUCAGGAGGGGUUGAGAAAUGGAGCAGGAAAUGUAGACAUUGGAGAUUUUGACCUCCAGCAAGAGAACAACAGGCUGACGGCUGGUCUCAUGAUCGAUGGGCGCUUUACUCAACGAUUUAGCACGAAACCUAAACUUCCAAUUGGUUUCCCUAAACAGCUGGACAGGAAACCAGGGCUUCUGCAGAAUCCAUAUCAAGAGCUGGGCAGUAUGUAUGGGGGACAAGUCAGACACAAUGGAGCUGCUUCAAACUCAGCCAAACCCACACCAUUCCAACUUUUCCCAUUCCUCUAUCAAAUGGGUGAUCCCAGAAAAAAUGCAUGCCACCCGAUCCAGUCGCAAACCCACCUGCCAUACAGCUCUGUGCCUCACAUUGACACAAAUGAACUUCUGUCAAAUGGAAACCGUUCAGCCCUCAGCCCUUACCUGCAAGAGUGUAUUGGACCAAACCAAGCAUCAGGGGAUGGGGCUUUCUCUGGGUUUCUGUCUGCCAUGAGUUUAUCUCAGGGAAUAGGAAGCCCCAACAGUCAGCUACACUAUUACCUGGAGGAGUGUUACGAGCAGUGGAGGAUGCUGGAAAGAGAGAGGAAGAAAGCAGAAGCUGUUCUCAUAAAGAGCUACCCAGGGAAACGUGUGUCUGUGGUGACCAAUGUUUUACCCAAAAUGCCUCCAAACCCUUCCAGAGUGGACCGACUCAUUGUAGACCAGCUGCGAGAACAGGCCAAGGUGGCAGGUUUGUUGGGGAAGAUGGAACAGCUGCGUAGUUUCCCGCUUCAUGCUAAUAUCUGUUCAGCAUUGGACAGACAUCUUGAGGUCAUCUACAUCACUCAGGCACGCCGGAAGGAUGAGUUCAUCAAUGCUAGCAGCAGACAGAGGCAGCCUGUAGCCUUCUUUAGAGAGGACAGGGAGAUCCUUCUAUUGGCAUCUGCUGUGAAGGACCUGUGCAGCAGCACCAGGAAGGCCCGAUCUGCUCUUUGGUGUGCAUUGCAAAUGACUUUGCCCAAAACAAGCAGCUUUCCAGAAGAGAGACAAGAGAAAGGUACCUGCUCGCCUUUAGAGCAAGACAGUCCUGAACAGUUCAGCUUAGAGAGAGCACUGGCUGCCCUGUGAUCACUGUCUGGCAGGUAUAGAGUUUGUGUGCGAGUGUGUUUUGCUUUGAAACACAGAGUAACAUCAAUUGAACCUGUCUAC